AUGGAGGUCAUCGAUAUCUCCAAGUGCAAUAAUUGCAAGAAGUCUCCAGCUCAACUUACCACUAAGCUCAAGCAAUGCGCCAAGUGUAUAUACACCCGUUACUGCUCCACAGAAUGCCAAAAAGCAGAUUGGAAGAAACAUAAGAGAAUCUGUGGUUCUCCUUUCGUGAAAUUGGUAAAUCAGUAUGGGCUUGACCCGACAUCGAAAGCCGCAGAUGCUCGCUGCAUGAUCGCCUCAUACCCAGAGAAAUGGUUCAGAGGUACCCCCAUCGACGAUCGUGACAAAGCCCUUCUCUCGGCACCUUCUGUGUCAUUCAUUGAUUAUACUCCGCGCAGUUUCCUGCGCAAACUGUAUCAUGGGAAGGUUGGCAGCACAGUCUGGGACCAAACAAACUGGAAUGUGGAGGCAGAUGGUGAUUGCAAACGUAAGAUCUUCGAGGGAGGCGCAACAGAGGUCGGGUUCAACUUUGGUGAACGUGUCGAGCUGUCAUACAACUUGAUGACAAUCAACGUCAGUAUUCAAGGCGCACGUGGCGCUGGGUUUGAUUGGGGCUUUCUGUCCAACUCUGGGAAAGAUGCACGACUCUUCGGAGGUCCUCCAGAGACCUGCCACGAUCAUCCUUGGGACGCUCUUAUCCUCCGGGACUGCAACACGAACACAGACACCCUUAAUCGGAUACACAGUAUUGCAUCCCGAAAAUGGGACGUACUGCUACUCAAGAUGUGUGAGGACUAUGAUUGUGAGGCUACCAAAAAGCUCGAGCCUUGA